CAAUUCAAUUACUUCCAUUUUACUUGAAAAUCAUACUUGCUAGUCAUAAGCGAUCUUGAACCAAACCCGCAAGAAACCCCAGUUCCAUCAAGUUCAGAAAACUACGGGAAGUUCUUAUUUCUAAUUCUCCAAGAGCAACCAACGUUAUCGAAGACAUUCAACAAUAUUUUCUUGCCCUUGGAAAAUUAACCCUUCCAAUUUACCUAUCAAGUCAAUAUAAUCAACUCUCUUUCGAGAAAUGUCGCGUAUUUGACAUUUCGAACCCAGCGCGAUACGGUCGGAAAGAUAGAAAGAAUUACCUUUGACCAUCAUCCAUCAUCCACUUCCAACGUCAACCGUCAACUCCUUCAUACAUCAUCGCGCAUUUAUUCUACAUUACAACAAUCAACUCAUACUCUACCGUACUGGACUCGAUGAUCUGAUCCUUUGGAUCUCGAGAAUUCAUCUUACUCAUCCAAAGACUUCAAAUAGUUGGACGUGAUAACGUCUGAGCCCACCCCAGGGUCGAAACGAUUACUUCUUGCCAUUGUGCCAUGUCGACUCCAUCGACUUUACCUCCCCAUCAUCCCAAUUACGGAUACUCACAUCAUCAGAAUUAUCAAUCAAACCACCAAUAUCGAGCGAGCAACGGUCUGUUGAACGGAAAUAGCCGUCUGGGCACCUCUUACACCCUUCCGACCAACUCGUCGAGUAAUAGCACAUCGUCGAGUGUAGCUCCUCUUCCAAAGUCGACUCAAAUACCCUCACACCCUGCGAAAGCCGAGUCUAAAAAGUCUCCGAAAAAGCCCGCAGCCAUGGUUUCUACCUCGUCGCAAGCGCCUCCCCCGCACAAGAGACAAAGGUCCAAGGAGAGACAACCAGACUGGGACAAAUUCUACGAGAAUGGUUUACCAAAAGAGGUAAUUGUUAUCGAUAGUUCUGAAUCCCCAGAACCAUCGUUGGACGUUUCUUCGCAUCAACAAGCCAACAAUUCUGCCGUGGCAGCGAAUAAUGGCCAUGCGGCGAAGAAGAGAAAACGCAAUGAUGCAUAUGAUCCCGUAUACCAACUUGACCCCUCGAUCGAUCCGAGUCCACACUACAAAUCAGAAUCGGGUUCUGGUUCCACGAUAUCCACCGAUCGCACAACAUCAGCAAUUCAUACAACAGCCGCUACAUCCCUUGGUUCACAUUCAUCCAAUGGGCAAAAUGGGUACGAGACUGCGGAAGUUAUAGGGCAGAAGAGGAAAAGGACCAAUACUCGGUUGCAAAUUGCGAAUGAAGCGAAGAGGAAAGAACUGGAAAUCAAUGGGGAUGCUUUCACCAACUACAUACCACCUCCCAAGCCACCCAUAAAAUCUCGCGAUGUCCCAGUACGACCGAUUGCGGAUAAUUCUUACACUAAAAAUACCAAAAUCGACGAUGACGAUGGACAUUAUAUCGUUGUUCCAGAAACGAACCUAACAACACAAUACCAGGUUCAGAAAUUACUUGGCCAAGGAACCUUUGGAAAGGUUGUACAAGCUAAAGAUCUUCACAAUGAUAAGUGUGUUGCUAUCAAGAUCAUUCGCUCUGUGCAGAAGUAUCGGGAUGCUUCGAAAAUCGAGUUGCGAGUCCUCUCAACACUCAAAGCAAAUGAUCGUGAGAACCGGAACAGAUGUAUACAUCUACGGGAUUGUUUCGAUUACAGAGGGCACAUAUGUAUAGUCAUGGAUCUUUUGGGACAGAGCGUUUUCGAUUUCUUGAAGGGCAAUUCCUUCGUACCCUUUCCCAACUCCCAGAUCCAACAUUUUGCGCGACAGUUAUUUACGAGUGUUGCUUUUCUCCACGACUUAAACUUAAUUCACACAGAUCUCAAGCCAGAGAAUAUCUUAUUAUGCAACAGUGCAUAUCAAGCUUUUACAUACAGCCGCAAAAUUCCUUCUUCUUCAACCACAGUUACCCGACAAGCGGCACAGCGUAAAGUUCUUCUGGAUACAGAAAUUCGACUCAUUGAUUUUGGUUCCGCAACCUUUCAGGAUGAAUAUCACUCAUCUGUCGUAUCUACACGUCAUUACCGAGCUCCUGAAAUUAUUCUUGGUCUUGGUUGGUCUUUCCCUUGCGAUAUCUGGAGUAUUGGAUGCAUACUUGUCGAAUUCUUUACGGGUGACGCCCUCUUCCAAACACAUGACAACCUGGAGCAUCUGGCCAUGAUGGAAGCGGUAGUCGAUAAAAAAAUAGAUAGCCAUCUCGUUCAACAAGUCAACACUAUGGCAAAGCGAAACGGAGGAAAUCCAGCUCAAAAAUAUUUCAAGCGCUUGAGACUUGAGUACCCAUCUGCUGACACCACAAGGGCUUCACGGCGAUUUGUGAAGGCGAUGAAACCCUUACAUGAAAUAAUUAAGGACCAGUCGAAAUUUAGCAAGAAUUUCCUGGAUCUAUUGAGAAAGAUAUUUGUCUAUGAUCCAAACGAACGUAUUACAGCCAAGGAGGCGCUUCAACAUCCGUGGUUUAAGGAAGCCGCAACUGCAGAUGACGGUACGGAAGCGGCGAAAAUUAGAUUACAGAGGCAAAGCGGAACAUUUGUGGCACCACAGAGGCAUCAUUGAGCGAUUAAUGAACUAUGACGGCGUAAAUGGCAUGGGGCAUGGGGAUAUCUUUUUACUCUGCACUAUUUGUUUAGUUUAGCAGCGGAUCGCGGUGGUAAUGACUUUUGUAUUAUUUUACAUAAAUAUUCUGCUCCCGGAAACAAUCUGGGCGUCUUGAUUACUUUCAGAAAAUAGACACAGGAUGGAGUUCCAGCAAGUUAACGCUCAGCUUAUUAUAAUGUUGAGAGCAUCGUUGGUUUCAAAAUGAAUUUUAUCACAUAGGAUUUUAAUAAAUACCUAGUACAUAACACU